UGGAAACUUGUUGCUCCUGCAUGCACAUGUGAUUUUCAAAUCAUUCACAUGUGCAUCAUAAACUGUCGUAAAGACGGACAUAGCUCUGCACGUCGGGGUCGUGUGCCUAAAGGACAUGUUGGCAAUAUUUUGAUGGAAAAAAAAUCAAUCUUCUCUGGAACAAUGCCGUGGUCACGAUUUUAUUUGACCCCGUGUCAAAUAAGGCUGAGCUGACUGUACGAUUUGAUAUUUUGUGUGAAACGUUGCUGUGUUCACUAUUCCAUUUAACCUUAUGAGAAACAAUGCUGUUGACUUUCAUAAACAUCAAAAGGGGUCGUAUUCAUUUUUUAAUGACUGUGCUUAGUUCUGCUUUUGAGAUGUGACAUGUAGAAGAGUUUAUCAUUGUAGAGUAAGAAGUCCCCAUUGCAGCGUUCGGAGGUCUGAUAAAGUACCGCAAAAUAUACAGUUUAUAGGGGCGUGAAACUCUCGUGAUUCGUGAGACUUGUACAAAUUAGCAUGACGUAUAAUCCUUUGGCAACAAACAUUAUAAUAUCGUGCAUUCGAAUACUAGUAUUUGCUUCGAAUGAGGAUGGUCGAGUACACAGUACAUUUAUAUCCUUAUAAAGUACUGUCACUCGUCCUUUAUAUAUAACAUAGCGACAUAUGCUAGUAUGCUAAACACAUUGAAGCACAUAUAUGCUACUGUAGAACAUAUCGGUGGUUCAGCUGGCGUCUAAACAUCCGGGCUGCACUAUAUGUAGGUCAGCUCGUACACAUCCUUCUUUCUCUCCCUCUGCUCCGCUGGGUCAGCGAGAGGGCGUUCGGCGGGUCAUCUAAAGUGCAGGGUCAAUGUACAAGUCGCUGUUGCAGAACAAAAGCACGAGCCAAGUGAUUGAAUGAGAAGACAACUGUAAUUUCCAGGACAUUCAUCUCCUCAUUUCGUUUUGUUUUCGUCUGAUGCUGUAGGUCUGUGAAAUGUGUAUGUGUAAUGACGUACAGCAGGGCUAUGGAGAGCAAUCGAGUAAUAAUCAACCCGGGCAGCAAAAGAAACCAAAUCUACGGAAUCUUGUUGGAGUCAAAAUCAUUGUGUAAAUGAACAUGAUCUAAAAUAGCCAUCUUUUUAUUUUUGCAGGUUCUUAAAGAAUUGUCAGUACGAGUAUUGGAUUGAGGAUCGGUGUAUAAUCGCCCCUUUAAUGUGGUUUUACGCCGCUUUAGGCCAUAUUCAGCAAUAUUACAGCGGGGAACAUCAGUACUGGGCUUCACACUUUGUACCUAUUUUGCGAAUAUAACCCGGACCUUCGUGUUAAAGGGAACUUUUGAACCCCUAGGCUGCUCCAUAUCAUGCCAGUGAUAGUGACACGUGCGGAGAUGGAUGACGUGCCACUGGUUGAUGUACCAGCAACCACUAGAGGGACCAGAACAAACGUACGGAACCUCAUUGUCGUCAACAUCAUCGUGGGUGUACUAACGUGUUCUACGAAGAUAUAUGAACCUGUGGUAGGGCAGUACGUGUACCACAGAGUUGCUGACGAUGUGUUUGGAAACGACAGUCGUAUAAAGAACUACAGUGUUCUGGCCCCAUGUUUCCAGAAUACAUCCGACCCUGGGUAUGUUCUGGUGCAGACUCUCCAGGAACGGUCAUCCUCCGUUAUGUGGCAUUUCUCUCUUGUUGGAGGGCUCAUUGCAAGUGUAGUUAACAUAGGUGUCGGAUCUUAUUCAGACGUCGUCGGCAGAAAGUUUAUCUUCAUAACAUGCAUGCUAGGCCAACUUUUGAGGAAUGCCAUAACAUCUGUGAUAAUCGGGCUUCAUCUCAGCAUAGACUACUUCUACAUUGUGUCAAGUGUUGACGGGUUGUUCGGGGGUUCGUGGGGCUUGCUGCUGCUAGCAUAUGCCUACAUCGCUGACAACACCCCUCCACUACGAAUUCGGUCUUUUGGAAUAUUACUCCUAGAGUGCAUGAAUGCUUUAGCUGAAGCAGCAGCAUCCACCGCAGCAGGAUAUUUUAUCGUACGUUCAGGAUUCUUCUAUCCUUCACUCUUAGCAUGUUGUGUGACGGUCUUUGGGAUAUUUUUAGUGGCAGUAUGUUUAACAGAAACUGUGGUGAAUACAAAUAGCAACCAGAGCAGGUGUUCGUACAUCUUCAACGUGUAUUACCUGUUCAUAAAGGAAGGACGUCGACGUCAACGCCUCCUGCUGUGGGUCGGCUUGGGCGCCUUUUUCUUCUCGGUCAUCAGCACAUCCUCAGAGAUCAACGUGGACCUCUUGUUUCUGAUGAACCAGCCUUUCUGUUGGAGCCCGUUCCAGAACGGCAUAUACGAUACAGUGAGCACUGUGGUUCGGCGUACUGUAGGGGCAGGUGUGGUGAAAGGCCUGCAGAGGUGUAUAUCCGAUGAAGUGUUGGGAGUGUUGGGGUCUGUGUUUGUCAUACUCGGGGACGUCGUCUUCAGUAUAGCAACUUCAGGCUGGAUGUUGUACCUCGCAUUUCCAGGGAUAGGUCUCAUUGGUUUCCUGGUGACGCCUAUUGCUCGCGGCAUUAUGUCCAAGUUAGUUCCACCUCAAAGGCAUGGUGCUGUAUUUGCGAGUCUGGCGGUGGUGGAGUCACUCAGCAGUGCGUUAGGUGCUGUUACCUUCAAUAACAUCUACACGGCUUCUGUGGCUGUCUGGGGUGGAGCGGUAUAUGCUGCAAUGGCAGCAUCCCACUUCUUAGCUCUGUGGUUCUUUCUUGCAUUCAGGUUGCUGAACAAGGACGGUGUUCCAUUUGAGACAACAUGAAUAGCAAAUGACAAGGGUUGCCACCAUAAGCGUCAGUCGUGUCACAUGUUGAAUACUUUCGUAUACCGGCGUGUAACUCGGCUGCACACACUUGUAUCAUCAUGCUGUCAUUUUCUGUAACUUCUUGUAGAUUUUCUGAUAGCAGAUUGAAUAUAUGUUCUCAUUUGAUAUAUGAAUCACUACAGAAAGCUUUGCUUUGCCAAUUGGGUGAAAGACAUGCAGUGUUUCAAUGUAGAUCUAUGUCAAUAAGGAUUAACCGCGCUAAGCUGAAUUUGGACCCGAACGCGCAGUUAAUGUUUAAUUUAGCGAGUUUAAAACCAACAGGUAAUCUAGCUCUACAUUGAAAACACAGUAGGUUUAUCACCAUUCCACCAUGACAAAAUUUAACGCAGAUUCUUGGAUGUUAACCGCUUGAGUUAAAUUUUCACACAUUUUAUUUAUGACAAAAUACCGUUCAUUGUGAUCGAUGCAGAAAAUAUAUCACAUUUGUCUAUAGAAAAGCGCCACAUUUCAAACUCGCUGUAGUCUUUAUAUAUACCUAAAUCUUUAUACACACUUACUGCCCAAAAUGUAUAAUAAUAAUCAUCGUAACUCUUCAUCUGUAACUUAUAAUUGUACAUUUCAUAAUUUAAAAAUGUCUACCGGGAAUAACCGAAAGAGAAGACCUUUUCUAUAUAUAUAUAUUCGGGUGUCAUUGUGAUUUGAUAUCUAUGAUACAUCGAGUAACUUCCAAAUCAAAUGUAUAUAUGGUAUGGAAUAAAAAUAUACA